AUGUCGGAGUUGAAGUUUGUAUUUAACACCACAUUUCAAGAAUCAUCCCCCAUAUCGCAUUCUCCUCCUUGUUUAGUCAUCCCCAUAUCGCAUUCUCCUCCUUGUUUAGUCAUCCCCAUAUCGCAUUCUCCUCCUUGUUUAUUCAUCCCCAUAUCGCAUUCUCCUAAUUGUUUAGUCAUCCCCAUAUCGCAUUCUCCUCCUUGUUUAGUCAUCCCCAUAUCGCAUUCUCCUCCUUGUUUAGUCAUCCCCAUAUCGCAUUCUCCUCCUUGUUUAGUCAUCCCCAUAUCGCAUUCUCCUCCUUGUUUAGUCAUCCCCAUAUCGCAUUCUCCUCCUUGUUUAGUCAUCCCCAUAUCGCAUUCUCCUCCUUGUUUAGUCAUCCCCAUAUCGCAUUCUCCUCCUUGUUUAGUCAUCCCCAUAUCGCAUUCUCCUCCUUGUUUAGUCAUCCCCAUAUCGCAUUCUCCUCCUUGUUUAGUCAUCCCCAUAUCGCAUUCUCCUCCUUGUUUAGUCAUCCCCAUAUCGCAUUCUCCUCCUUGUUUAGUCAUCCCCAUAUCGCAUUCUCCUCCUUGUUUAGUCAUCCCAUAUCGCAUUCUCCUCCUUGUUUAUCAUCCCCAUAUCGCAUUCUCCUCCUUGUUUAGUCAUCCCCAUAUCGCAUUCUCCUCCUUGUUUAGUCAUCCCCAUAUCGCAUUCUCCUCCUUGUUUAGUCAUCCCCAUAUCGCAUUCUCCUCCUUGUUUAGUCAUCCCCAUAUCGCAUUCUCCUCCUUGUUUAGUCAUCCCCAUAUCGCAUUCUCCUCCUUGUUUAGUCACCCCAUGUUCCCCCCUUAUUUAUUCAUCCCCAUUUCGUAUUCCUCUCCUUAUUUAUUCAUCCCCAUUUCGUAUUCCCUCCCUUAUUUAUUCACUCCAUAUCGUAUUCCCCCCCUUAUUUAUUCACCGCCAUAUCAUAUACUCCCCACUUUAUUUAUUCUCAAUAUCAUAUUCCCCCUUUAUUUAAUCACCCCAUAUCGUAUUCACCCACAAAUCCCCCUUAUUUAUUCACCCCCAUAUCCUGAACCGAGUCCUCCAGUAAUCACUGAUGAUCUUUUGGCGGGGGCGGUCAAGAAAGAGGGUGACCGUCAGGUACUGAAAUGCCGGGCUUAUGGACAGCCGACGCCAACAUAUGUUUGGCUGAAGAAUGGACAAAAACUUACGGAGACCGUGGAGGACACGCUUGAGUUGUCCCACAUCAAGCGGUCAGAUGCGGGGAAAUAUCAGUGCAUUGCCAAAAAUUCAGUUGGCGCCGUCCUCAGUAAAACAGCCGAAAUCAAGGUUGCAUAUAUCAAUCCAUUCAGUACUUCCUUGCCCCAGCAAGUUGAGACUAACAUCGGCCAUGCUGCCCUCAUACCAGUUCCACCAAUUAGCAGCGUCCCCUAUGCAGACAUUAGUUGGCUUAAUGGUACAACCAAGAUGUCCUCUGAAGGAAGACGCUAUGACUACACAUCCAACCAAAGUCUUGUGCUCCUUGAUGUUACCCCAAAUGACAAUGGUACCACAUUCACAGCCGUGGCAGAUAAUUCUUUAAAUCCAAAAAACUUUUUUUCCCCUUUUUUUUUCCUUUUUUUUUUUCAUCCUUUUUUUUUUUUCCUUUUUCCCCUUUUUUCCUUUUUUCUUUUUCCCCCUUUUUUUUUUUUUCCUUCCCUUUUUUCCCUUUUUUUUUCCCUUUUUUCCCCUUUUUUUUUUCCCCCUUUUUCCCUCCUUAACUUUUUUUCCCCUUUUUCCCCUCCAUUUUCCUUCCCCCUUUUUCCCUCCUUUUCCCCACCUCCUUUUCCUUCCCUUUUCCCUUUUUUUUUUAUACCUUUUUCUAUUUUUUCCCUUUUCCUUCCCCCUUUCCCCUCCCCUUUUCCUUCCCUUUUUCCCUGUAUUUCCCUCCCUUUUCCCUCAUUUUCCUUCCCCCUUUUUUCCUUUUUCCUUCCCCCCUUUUUCCUUUUUUUUCUUUUCCCCUUUUUCUUUUUUUCCCCCUUUUUCUUUUUUUUCCUGAAUUGA